AUGAUAAUCCCAAGGUACAUUGCUCUUGAAUCAAAGAAUAAUCACAAAUAUCUCGAGUCCACAGACGAAGAUGAAAUCAUCAAAGGGUUUCUAAGGUUCACGGGAGAAAAUAUAGUGAACCCACGCUCAAAGUUCGAAGUGGAAAUAGCAAACUGUGAUAGCCGUUUGGUUCACAUAAGAAGUUGCUACAACAACAAAUAUUGGGUUAGCUGUACAACCGUGGAUGACAAACAAUGGGUUCCAACAACAAAUUACGAAUGGGUUGCAGCAAUGGCACAAGAUCGUGAAGAAGAUCAAUCCAAAUUGACUUGCACUUUAUUUAAACCUGUGUACGAUGCUCAACAUUCUGCCUUCAAAUUUGUUCAUGUUAAAUUCAACAUUCGUCUCGCCUUAUCAAGACACUACAGCAAAGUACGAGACUAUGGAUUAAAUUGUAUCAAGUCGGGGUUCGAUUUGACAGAUUGCUUCAUAAUCACUGAUUGGGAAUCAUUAAUGAUUUUGCCAAAACAUGUUACUUUCAAGGGAGAUAAUGGUUGUUACUUGCAAGGGAUUUGGCAAGAAGGACAUCCAUAUCAACAAUUCUCUGGUAACGACAUUGGGGACCAAAGAGUUCCUCAUGAGACUUUCAUGACUACCAAGGGUUAUGUUCGAAUCAAAUCUAACUACCACGGAAAGUUUUGGAGGCGGGAUCCUGAUUGGAUUUGGGCUGACUCAGAUGACACGUCGUCGAAAGAUCCCAACACUUUGUUUUGGCCUAUACGUCUCGACAACAACCACGUGGCGCUUCGGUGUUUAGGGAACAAUAAAUUCCUCGGAAGGGUGAGUUUUGAAUGGAAGACGAAUUGUUUGAAUGCUUGUACUCCUACUAUUACAACUGAAACGAAGUUGAAAAUGGAAGAGCCUGUGAUUUCAAGGAGCAUUUAUAAUGUCAAGUAUCGACUUUCGGAUGCGAGGAUUUACGACGAGAAAGUUAUGAUCAUGGCUACUCAAAAAGCUAUUAAUAAAAGUAGUCAAAGUGAAACAAUAACUUUGAAGUUUAUGUGUAGUGAGACUAAAAGUAGCACUUGGGUAUCUUCUACUACAUGGAAGUUGGCUGCACAAACAGCUCUUAAAGCAGGUUUGCCUUUUAUUGCUGAUGGGAAGAUUACAAUUUCAGCAGAGUUUUCAAAAACAUAUAACUGGGGAGAAAGUUACACAUCUACCAAAACAUUGGAAACCACACAAGUUGUUACUGUGCCAGCUAUGUCAAUGAUGGAGGUUAGCCUAUUGGCUACACAAGGUUAUUGCGACGUUCCCUUUUCCUACAUCCAACGUGACGUUCUUUCAAAUGGUAAACAAGUUUCUCAUGAAUUUGAUGAUGGUGAAUACAAUGGCAUCAACUGUUAUAACUUUAAGUAUCAGACUAAAGAAACUCGACUUUGA